GCUACCAGCGGCAGUUGUUCCCAGGUGCUGCUGAUGCUCGUGUCUCUGUUGGCCGCCACAUCCUCACCAGCGGGCGGAAGAAGAGUUCAGCUCAGGGUGAUCACAGGCAACUGCAACUGCCAUUUAUCAUCAUCGUUUUUAUUAAGCGCUUGUUGAUGACCUCUUGGAAGUUCCACCACUGUCUGGCUGUACCUUGACACUGCCGGAAGUCCCACAGAUUCAAAACAGAUAUAUCAACAUAAGCUCGCUGCCACCGAGAGGCCUCGCCUGCGUUGGUCCCGACUCGCCGCCAGCAUGUCUGCUCAGGAAGCCUCUGAGGCGCUCAACAGCGGCCCCGCCCCGCCCAAGGAGAGCAUGCAGCUCAAGAAGGAGAUCUCGCUGCUCAACGGCGUCAGCCUCAUCGUGGGCAACAUGAUCGGCUCGGGCAUCUUCGUCUCGCCCAAGGGCGUGCUCAUCUACAGCGCCUCCUACGGGCUGUCGCUGGUCGUCUGGGCCAUCGGCGGGGUCUUCUCUGUGGUGGGCGCCCUCUGCUACGCCGAGCUGGGCACCACCAUCACCAAGUCGGGGGCGUCGUACGCGUACAUCCUGGAGUCCUUCGGGGGCUUCAUCGCCUUCAUCCGCCUGUGGACGUCCUUGUUGAUCAUCGAGCCCACCAGCCAGGCCGUCAUCGCCAUCACCUUUGCCAACUACCUGGUGCAGCCUCUCUUCCCCACCUGCGAGCCCCCCUACGUGGCCUCCAGGCUCAUCGCCGCCGCCUGCAUCUGCCUGCUCACCUUCAUCAACUCGGCCUACGUCAAGUGGGGCACCCGCGUGCAGGACGUCUUCACCUACGCCAAGGUGGCCGCCCUCCUCGUCAUCAUCGUCACGGGCGUCGUCAAGCUGUGCCAAGGCUACACCACCAACUUUGACUCGUCCUUCCAGGGCUCGUCCACAGACGCCGGCAACAUCGCUCUGGCGCUCUACUCGGCGCUCUUCUCCUACUCGGGCUGGGACACUCUCAACUUUGUCACCGAGGAGAUCAAAAACCCCGAAAGGAACUUGCCUCUGGCUAUCGCCAUCUCCAUGCCCAUCGUCACCACCAUCUACAUCCUGACCAACGUGGCCUACUACGCUGUGCUGGACAUGAGCGCCAUACUGGCCAGCGACGCCGUGGCCGUGACGUUUGCAGACCACACGCUGGGCGUGAUGAGCUGGACCGUCCCCAUCGCCGUGGCGCUGUCCUGCUACGGCGGCCUCAACGCCUCCAUCAUCGCAGCGUCCAGGCUGUUCUUUGUGGGUUCACGUGAGGGCCACCUUCCGGACGCCCUGUCCAUGAUCCACACGCGGAGGUUCACGCCCAUCCCUGCUCUCAUCUUUAACUGCGUGAUGGCGCUGAUCUACCUGACGGUGGAGGACGUCUUCCAGCUCAUCAACUACUACAGCUUCAGCUACUGGUUCUUCAUGGGCUUGUCCGUCGCGGGACAGAUCUACCUCCGCCGGAAGGAGCCCGACCGCCAACGGCCGCUCAAACUGAGUCUGGUCUACCCGGCGGUGUUCUGCGUGUGCGCUGUCUUCCUGGUGGCUGUGCCGCUCUACAGCGACACCCUCAACUCCCUGAUCGGAAUAGCCAUCGCCAUGUCGGGGGUGCCCGUCUACUUCCUGGGCGUCUACCUGCCAGAGUCCAAGCGGCCGUCCGUCAUCACCAAACUGCUGCGCUCUCUGACCCACUUGACUCAGUACACGUGCUUCUGCGUGCUCACAGAGAUGGACAAGAGCGAGUAGCGUCCGUAAGAGACACAGCUACAAGAUGGGGUAAAAAAAAAAAUAUUAUAUAUACAGUACGUUAUUAUAUUACACCAGCUGAUUAGUGCAGCAGGUGGUUCUGCACUCUUCUUCUUUCACUCUGGAGUCAAGCAGGAAGCAGCGCACUUACACGUCUUAACUUAUUCUUCCUCUUCUCCACACUGAUUACCUCCGAGACCGACUACUUGCCUUGUGGCCUCUGCGGGUUUUUACAGCCUUUCCAAUGGCGCUGUACUUUUUUUGUGUGUACUCCACAGUAUGCAUCCAACUUACUUGAGUAUUUCAAUGCUGCUUUGGGCACUUUACUCAUCAAUAUUCAUGAUCACUCCUCCUGGCUGAACAUCUGCAGUGUUAUCUUUUAACUCAUCCAGGUGAGAGUCCACAUAAAACUUUUGGACUUUUUGUGUCCAAUUACUUUUGCACACUAUCAAAGAGGACCUGCAGUAUUUCAGUGAUUAUUCAUGACAAGGAUAUUUAUGAUUACGCUGCCAUGCAUUAAAGAUGACUCUUAUUGUUCAUGUGUCUCAUUGUUCAGGGGGUGUCCAAAGGCCCCUCCAUGGCUUGUUUCAAACGCCACAGUGCCAGGUUCUUUUACAUUUAUUUAAGUUUGUUUUUUUUAUACACAUCUACAUAUUUACAGAAAUAGCAAACACAUAUUAGAAAGUAACCUCAACUUCAAAGCAAACGUUAUCGACCCAAACCAGCGGCCCCACAACAAUCGCACAGUCACAUGACGCAAAGACCACAAAACAUUCUACCGUCUCGCACAAAGGAACACAAAGCAUACGAGGCCUAUCACACCUUAUCUGCAACACUUCUAACACACACAAACAUCACUCCACCGCUUGUUUAAAAAAAUAGAAAGCACGUCCAUCCUGUGGCGUGUAUGGCAAAGAGCGAAAUGGAUCGCAGCCAGAAGACCUUCUCGCUGCCGCUUUGAGGGAAUGAUUGUUAGCUUGACUGCAGGAACGUGAAUUAUGGAAUCACGGCACACAGGGUGGGUGUGGGUGGGCGUGAGAGACGUGCUACUGGAAGCGUGAAGGUCCUCAUGGCUCGCCAUACAGGUCACAGAAAGCGACGUGAUGCAGGAAUCAAUUGGAAUCGUAUUUGCUCCCGUCUGCGUCAUCAUCCUCCUCAUCCUCGUGGUUGUCGUCAUGGCAGCCAAGCUCAUGCAGCACCUCCCUCUGGUAGCACUGCCAGCUCCUGCGGCUGUACGAGUGCUCCUCCUCCCAGUAACCUGCGACACCAGGCAAAGCGCUCGUCAGGCGGCUUGUCCAAUUAAUGCAUUUAUUCAACUGACAGCAGUCGCCAGUUGUGUGUUCUACAAAAGCUGUUGGCACCGUCCCGCUGUACUUUUUAAUAUUGAAGGAAAAUAUGCAACAUCCACAAUCCUUAUGUGAGACAUGAACACACGUCUUUCUUUUCUGUGCCUUCUAAAGAUAUAAAAACAGGCAGCUAAUUAAUGCAUGUAAAGGGAUGCACCUAUUCUGCCUAGAAAGGCCGCUAUUAAAAUACCAACCAGGUUUUCUCUCCAUGCUGUGAGCAUGUAGUAACAGGUACAUUCAUGAAACAUGGAAUACUUACACUAUUUUGGGAACUUCCUUCCUGGGUGCAUUGAUUUCACGUAGCGGCAGCUCCAAUAUGUAACGUUACCUUUGGCUGGUGGCCUGAGGCCUUGUGAACGAGUGUGUGGUGAAGAUAGCCGCUAGCCGGUGUGGUGUGGCGAGGUGUCACUAUGCCACUAACGUACUUCUUGGGCUUAACAAUGUUAACAACUAUGUCGCUGUAGCUUGGUUAAUACGCAGGUCGCAUUACGUGAAUGGAGCGUUGUUGGCGCAUUUAGGAGGUUUUUUCAGCUGGUGUUUGCUGCUGUUGUCGUCGUCUCUUUUUUGGUCUCCCUCUUAUCCCCGCACGCACCCUCCACCCCGUUUUCUUUUGUCUUCCUCUCUGUCCCCUCCUGCUCCGGUCCGGUCGCUCCAAAUUUGCUUAAUAACAAGCAUCUAAGUCAAAUAAAUCCUGUAUAACAGGGGAAAUGUAUAUCACACUUCUCCCUGGCAGAGUAAAUCUGUUGAGCACUUGAGGGCAUUUAGAUCUACAAUUCUAUCUAACUUAAAGACUGGACAGGACAGGGGUUAAAAAAAAAAAAAAAGGGGGGUUUUCAGAAGGCUUUAUGGGGUGUCCCAUUACAUGCAUUCUUAGCUGCCUUUUUUUUUUUUUUUGCAGUUUUUAUAUCUUUAGAACGCACAGGAAAGACAAUUAAGCAUGUGAUCAUGUCUCAUAUGGAUUGUGGAUGAUGGGCAAAAUUUUGUUAAAAAGUGCACUUUCCCUUUAAAACGUUGCCUUUGAGUUCAUAAAAUGCUUUAUGAGGGUGGCAGUUUGACCCAGGUACAGAUGAUUUCUUAGUCCUUUCUUCCCGAUGGCUGUGGGGUGUCCAAACUUUGUCCUCUGAGGGUCACACAUACUGAAAAUUCACAAGGUUGGGGGGGCCAUUUUGAUGUUUUCCAUUUAGAGUCGCCCCUCGUUUAUGGCGGUUAAUUGGUUCCGGACCCGACCGCAAUAAGUGAAUUUCCGCAAAGUAGGUUUCAAUAUAAAAAAAACGAGAAUAUUUUUGGGGUUAGAGCAUAGGAAACAUUAUUUAAGCCCUGUAGACAUGAACUAACACCUCUAUAGUCACAUUGGGCAGCCACUAGCAUAGCAAGCUAACUAAUUAGCCUCUCCAAUUUACUUUUACUUAUUCUAAGCUGAAAGUAUUUCAAACGGAGCGAGGAAGAAGGACAAAGAAGCCAAAAACUUCCACAGAGAAUGUGACUUUUGUUUUAACUCGAUCUCAGCCAUGGCAUGUCGGCUCAGCUCGAUGGUCAUGUGAUCUCACGUCAUGAUUACUGAUGCCAAGUGACCACGAUACUACAUAUUAGGGGUGUCACGAGAUCUCGCAAGAUUAAAACGUGACUGAUUUCUCGCCUGUCUCGUGGCCACUGGGGCUACAGCGAUCAAUCAAUUCAUCAAAUAAAUGAAAAUGAACUGCAUCAUUUUGCCCGUCUCGGUAUAUUGCGAGGGUUCACUCUUGCUUUCAGCACGUUGGUGCCUUUGUCCCAAAGAACAACAGCAUGAAUGGAGUGAGCCCAUUUGCCAGUCAUACUGUGUCUCGGUGGGUGGAGGCGGGGCCAUGAACACACACACAGUACAGAAGAGUAACAUGGUAGAAAUAUUUGUAGAUACACCUCGAGGUUCUACUUCACUAAGUACAUGCGAUGUUCGGGACAUUAGCAACAGUACGACGUACCGCCGUAGCGUUCCUCUCUGUCGCUGUCCUCGUCACUCUCUUCGUCGGGGUAGUCGUUCCUCCAGUUGCCUUCCUCGUUCCCAUCAUCCUCGUCUUCAUACACCUCCUCCUCGUGAGUCACCAGGUCGGGCACCUUGACGAAAACAUUGGAAUGACGACGACGACAAACUUCACCCGUCGCCAAGUUAAGCCCACCGCUCCAAUCACGCACUCACAUGUCAGCACUCAUUCAUCUUCGCCUGCAUCCAUCCACACACACCAGUUCUCCCUCGUCUGCGUAGGCGCUGACAGACAGGAUGUCCUGGAUCCAUCCGGGCGUGACCAUUUCCUGGUAGUAAAGGUCGUACACGUAGUCUUCCUCCUGGUCCGGACGUUCUUCCGCCGCCUCUGGAGCGUCCGCAGAGAUGCUGAGACGCUCUCGCAGCAUCUUUGUGUUGUUGCAGAGGAUCACGUCAGGGUCUGAGGACUGCGUCUGCAAUCAAAUAUGUAAAAAUAACUUUAUUGUUGUUUGCGAUGUUGAAUCCAGCGAGCGUAUCCUCACCUUGCCGAGAGCUUUGCCCUGGUCUGGUAGAUCCUCAUGCACCAGAUCAACCACCUGGAUUUCCCCCACACCCAAACAUUUGUCCCGUUUCUCGCCACCGCUGCCAUCCUCCACCCCGUCGCCCGUCUGCUGGUUCCGGCGCUGUGCCGGGAGCGACAGGCCGGCGCGGUGGCUGGAGAGUAUUCUGUAGCGCUCCUCCCGGCGAACACCACACUUGGUGCUCCGCAGGUCGCCAAAGAUGCGCUGUGAGCUGUUGGCGGAGGGGCGCAGGGCGUGGGCCAUGCGGGGCCGGGCCAGGGCCUGCCGGACCUGCGUCUGGACCGGAGCAUCCUGGUGAGGACGCAUUAUUCAUGUUCUAUUGUCUGAAGCGUUCAUAUUGAUGCACAUACUGUAUUACAGGUUGUUUACCGGUGGACAUGGGACACUAUUAAGGUACUGUAUGUGAUAUAACAACACAAUAUACACCCUCUUUUCCUUAUGACACGGUGUGUACUUUCUGCAGUUGAGUAAACAUGCCUGCAGACGCUAGAAAAGGAAAUACUGUACAAAUAUUGCUGUGGAAAUGUGCUUUGCUUGGGCUACAGUUGAAUAGCAAGAGCCUUGAAAGCUUGCUAAUCAAUAUAAUAUACAAGUAGAUUAUGGUUGAACAUUAUACACGUUAUGAAUGCAGUGAUGCAUAAUCAUGGAGCAUUUUGUCAAGCAGAAAGGGUGUACACAGGCCAAGCAUGGCCCUUUAAGAACAAUUGCAUUGUGGGAAGUUGUGUGUCUCUCUUCCCUCUGUCUGAAACCGCCCAUUGUUUUCUGCGUCAUGAUUGGCUGUAAACCAUUGUCAAUCAAUCUCCUUGUGCCGCUCUGCCUUGUCUCCUGUCAUCGCUAGCUUGUAAAUGAAUGCAACAAUCCGUUUUAGCAUGGAUACAAACGGCACCAGGACAAAAAGGCACAACCACAGGAGUGAAACACGCACGGGUGACUUAAUUUCUUGCAUCUGACCCACCCACCCAAUUAAAAAUCAAAGGUUGGAACUUUUGUUUUUAAAGUGUUUAAACAAGUAAGAGAAGUGAGGAAAUAAUAUUGCUCCUCUGACAUACAUAAGUGUAUGUGUAUGGUGAGGGGUUUUACGGCCUUAAAACUUAUAAUUGUGAAAAAAUGAAGUUUCUACUUCACAUAUUUCACUUAGUGCGUGCUAUUUUGGGAACCUAUCCCACGAUAAACGAGGGAACACUACUGUAAACAUAAGGCCUAUUUGUGAUGACAUUGGAUGUACUUAUUACCAUUGUUGGGUGGUGGUAGGACGUAUAUGUUUUAUCAAGUUAUAUUAACGUAAUAUAGCAAAAAAGUGCAAUCUAUGAUGACGAUGAGUCUUCAAACACAGCUUGAGCGAUCAAACGAUGACGCAAUUUCAACGUGACGUUUAGUAUGGCUUCCCGGCUAGCUGCUACAUGCUAAGCUAACAACAGUUAGCAUUCAGUGGCCCUUGUAUUUAAAAGCACUCAAAAUAAAUUAACUCACUGCAUCUAGCAGAUAUUAGCGGACAUAAUUACGUUUAACAGAUUAGCACAGCGGUGUGUUAACGUGUCUUCCCCGCUUCACACGGCGCUGGCGUUCGCCAACCCAGCGCGGUUAGGCGACACCGAGGCUUCCGCCGCGGCCGACUCACGUUACCUGUGUCGCUACGGUGACCACGAGUUUAAAGACAGACUUCUCCACCUCCGCCUCGCCGGGCUCCGGGGCCACCUCGCUGGGGCCCUGGGACGUCUCCGCCGGUCGGAUACGCUUGCAGGCUAGCAGCAAGGCGUCCGCGGGGUCGGUGCCCCGCUUUCUCUUGACACGCAGAAUAGUCGCGUUGGGCUCCAUGUUGGCUCGCCUUGUGUGUGCGAGACUGUGUCCGUCUGCUGUUGACGUGCACGAGCCGCGUUGUGACGACGUGAGCGCGCCAAGACAAAACAGUUCGACUGACCAAUCACAGUAAAGAUGAAGUCAUCACGAGCGGCUACAUUUUAUUGCGUACAGACAGUACAGUCAAAUGCAUACAAAAAUAUAAUAUAAAAGGACUGUUUACAGUAAAAAAAACAAAGCAUUUGUACUGUUAGCUACUAAUAUUAAUGUAGUAGAUAUUAGGAGGGAACCCAAACGUUUCCAUGAGUGUCAGGAGCCUGACUGUACGGAAUGUUCCAGAUCCACGGCUGAUCUGUCAACAGUGAAAAAGGAGCACACUUGUCACCGUUUGCAUUAUAAAAAAAGGAUAAUUUUCAGGAGAAUAAGGGUAAUACCUUUAGGCGAGUAGCAUGUCGGUGGCAGGUCAAAGGGCACAGGGAAACCAGAGGACGAUGACGAGAAAGGAAAUGGGUUUUUUUGUACCGUGAACAUCUUCAUGUCCUGCAACAAAUGUCACAUUAAAUGCACAAGCUGUAACGACAUGUUUUCUUUAAUUCAUGAAGUGAAGUGAAGUGAAUGAAGUGUUAACGUGUGUGGAUGUAUGAGUGUGUGUUCUCACAAAGGCCGAGGGCACGUAGAGGACGCCCAGCUCGUAGGAUCGAACCAUCACCUGAGUGUUGUUCUUCUCCAGAGCGCCCCACGCCGCUUUGGACAGGUGGCGAUAAGGUCUCGUCUAUCCCACAGGAUGCCCACCUGGUGAUCAGGAACCAGGCCAGCUCAGUGAAGUCUGGUGACACCCUCAUCUCCGGGGCCCGAUAGGACGCCAGGUAUUCCAGGAGGUCUCUCUUGAAGAAGGUGGGCGACUCGCCGGAGGUGUCACUGCUGCCUUGUGGUAACCGUGGAAACAGAGGACUCAUCCACAUCCUGGGCCAGGAGGAAAGACACGUUGGGUAUGGACAGAUGGGACAUGUUGUGGACCAUGACAGGGGACAAAGCGCAAAAGGGCGGGGGUCUUCCCACAGGUAAUAAAAAAAAGAAAAAGAAAUCCACGACCGUGCUGAAGGGCAAAGAUGGAAGCUUCCGCUUGUUUAGUUUAUUUCUCAUCUUAUUAUGACUUCAA